CUUUCAUAGAAGUGUGAUUUGCAGCAAUAAUUGUUCUAAAUAUUCACUGGUCCUUUUUAACAAGGUCAUGAAAUUUCAAAAUUCCGUAACAGUGAGUGGAGUUUUAUUGGUGUGAAUUUGUAGCCGAAAGGUUACAAAUUUUUCUGAGAGCUGUUUUAAGUAGAUGUUGACCCGAGGUUUAUCAAAAUCAACGUGCAUCGAAUUCUUACCAUGCGUUAUAUAUCUAAACAGGAACAAUUCUGGAUCGCUUGCAGUUUCGGACGUGAAGGAGCUGCUAAGAGGUUGAUCGAAGCUGGUGUGGAUGUUAAUUGGAGGUCCUAUGUGUACGAAUGCUAUCCUAUACAUGUCUGCUCCCAAGGGAAACCUAGUAUUUUACAGAUGGUUAUUCGAGCAGGAGCAGAUGUUAAUGCACUUGAUUCCGCAGGUAAUACAGCUUUGCACCAUGCUGCUAUGUCAGGCAAUGAAAUCAAUACUCAAAUGCUUUUAUCUGCGGGUGUAAAUGUUGAUAUAGUCAAUAAAAAUGGUUGGACACCGUUAUUUAAUGCUGUCUAUUGGAAUCAUCCAUCUAUAGCUGAAAUGCUACUGGCCAAUGGUUCAAGUCCAUUUUUGAAGAAUAAGAAUGGGAGAAUUCCACUACAUGAAUUAUGCCGAACUAAAUCCAAAGAUUCUGUUCGAAUUCUUAAAAAUUUCGAAUUACUUCUUCAAUGUAUGAAUAAAUAUAAACGAGAAGCAUUAAUCAGUAUAACUGAUUGCAAGCCUGAUCCCAUUACUACUACUAAUUCUACUACUAUUGAUGACAAUCUGAAUUUAAAUGAAACUAUAAUAGAUAAUUGUGGAACUUCUAUUGAUUUGGAUAAUAUGAGUUUAAGAGCAUGUUCUCACAAUGACUUGGAUUCAGAAGCUGACUUCACCCCACUUCUAUUUGCCUGCUAUCAUGGACAUUUGGAACUUGUCAAAGCACUGUUGGAUCGUGGCGUUAAUGUCUCCGUCACUGACAAGAAUCACUGGACAGCUUUACAUUGGGCUGCACAACAGUGUCAUGCUGAUAUUGUUGAAGUACUAUUGGAUUAUGGUGCAUCAAUAUAUGCGAAAGAUUUGGUAUGUGUAAAUCAUCACCAUUUCUUGUCAUUUUUGGAAAUUGUAUUAUUCUAAAUUUUUCUUUCAUAGUAUGAUUCAUACACCUUUCUGACGAGUACUACCAACGACCACAAGGCCUGAAUCUAGAAUAUCCUCCCAACUGACUCCAGGGAUGUAAUACUAAAUUAUACUAGGCGCAAUGCUUAGUCACUUAGACUUGUGACCACUUGCAACUUGAUUGAUAGAAUUCGAUUCUCCGGUCCAGAUUAGACAAACAUACACUGGUCACUGCUCAGUGAUUAAUCAAAGCUCUAAAUUUGCUACUUAAAAAUUAGGAAUCUAAUGGUUAAAUCACUCCUAAACGUGAUUAUUGUUCACAGAAUAAUGUUUCAAGCAUAGUUUGUUAUUUACAAUUAGUCUUGUGAGAACACAUAUAACUGUGUAACACUUUUUCAUACAUCUGUUACGAAGUACAAAAUAUUGCUUAUUAUUUAUAUGUUGAUUCGCUGAACAAUAAUUGUCACCUAUCAUGGACUAAUCUCAGUUAAAUUGCCCCUGAGAAACAGAAAACGUCAGAUAGCUAUUUCAUUGUGGUAUAGAAAUUGCAAGUAGUGCAUACCUAAGAUCUAAUCUGGAAUCUUCUAAUCUCUGGAUGAAUGUUUAACAAAUAGACUGCAAGUUUGAUAUCCAGUCGUACAUAUUUCUAACUUCAAUGACUUCUGGACAUACCAUGAUGACCAUCCUAUGGUACUUGUGAUAACUUCUUCCUGCGUGACAUAGUCGAACUUCACCGGUGACGAAUCCUUACCAAAACUCAAGGAAGUUAUUCCGGUCAGCCACUAAUGAGCGCAAGGUUAUAGUUCUGAUAAAGAUUAGCGUAAUGUGUAAGUAAUAUUCACAUUGGGUUUUAUAUCCGGUGAGUUCUUGAGUGAGAACUGUACUAGUUUAAGACAACUGUUCCCAAUGUUACCUUAAAUGAGACGUAUCCAUAACGAACACGAGCUUCAGAUUAGUAUGAUCUCCAUAAAACGCCUCCGUUAAACAUUACUUUACUUUUCAAUCUAUUUUUAGUAUUGUUAACUUUAGAAAAAUAUUCAUACAUACAGAAUUUUUAAUAUCCAACAGUUCACAUGGAAUAUAUUUAAGAGUUAUUAAACAGUAUUUUUAGAAGUAGGCAAUGUUAUUUGAUGUAGAGAAGUAGUUUAGAGGAAAGUUAAGGGCCACCAAACACAUAUGUGAUUUAAUGUCAUUAACUAUUGAACUUUAAUGUGUUGAUAUAUUGAAACUAUUUAGUUGGGAUAUGUGUAAUAAAUGUGGUCACUGAUUGGAAAUGUUAGAUGACAUAAUUCAUAAUAAAUCACAAGAGCGCAGAUUCAUUCACUUUCUUUUAGCAUAUUUUUAUACAUACCUUUUCAUCUUAUGUUUUCUAAUCACGUUCUCGGUGUUUAAUCUUUCUUGUGAUCAUUACGAUCACAGCUGUUUCAAUCUCUUCUAUCUAUUCAUCUUGUUAAUUUCAUGUGAUCGUGUUGCUGUGGUAUGACAACAUGGGCUAACAUACACUUGUGGCACUUUGUGCAUUGAUUAUUAUCUACUAGGACUAUUUGAUACCAACUAUUUUUCUAAUACUUUACUGCCCCCCUCCGGGUAAACUCAAGGAAGCUUUAAGAAGUUCGGAACUAGCCGAAGAUAUUCCAUCCGAUCAUCUUUUGGAAGGAUAUUCCAGAAUCUUGACGUGUAGUUCUCUUUUAACUUGCAAACACUUUACUACUCUGUGAUGUCUUUUCUCGUGUUUUUUUUCACUCCACUCUUUUAUGAUAUUUGCUUUAUCUCAAUUUCCUGACUAUUUCUUACUACUUAUAGUUAUGUUGUGUUUUUCCAACCUUGUUAUCUUUCAUCUUCGGAAUUUUACUGCUAUCUGUUAUACGAUGUGAUAUAGUGAAGGCGAUGGUGAUGAUGAUAAUUAUGUUGUGGAUUAAUGACGGAUUUGUUUGUGUUUUCGAUAUAUUUACUAAAUUAUCAUCACCGAUUACCACGACGCGCAAUAUUGAUUAGUAUUGGGGAUGGUUGGAAGAAAGUUAGGGGCGACCAAACCAAAACGUGUCAUCAGUGCUUGAAGUCACUAACUUCUAGUCUGAACCAUGUUGGUAGAUGCAGACUAUCUGGUUGGGGUUUGCGUGACUAUCGUAACCAAUGGUUAGAAACUGUGGGUGACAUGGCUCAGAAUCGAUCACAAUGAUGUAGGUGUAUACACUCACUAUCUGCCCAUAAACCGUGAGAUCAAAAUUGUUUUAUACCUUUCUUUCUACGAAUUAAUUCUUUCUUCCUGUACUAUAUCCUUAUAUGCAAUCUUUCUUUUAUAUAUAACCACCAUUGAAUUAAGUACUUCUAUGAAUUUGGUGUUUAUCUUGUUGUGGUAAUGAAGUAUGGCAAUUUGAACUGAUGCAUAUAUGUGCCUGACCCUACCUUGUAGCUGACUGACUGACUAACUGAUCUUUACGUGUGGAUUUUUUUUACAUUGAUUUACUUCUAAAUAAAACAUUAAAAUAUUGAGUCGGUAAUGAGUCUUCUCUUUAUAGUGAUGUAUAUAACCUACUGACUAACGGAGUUUUAGAUAAACGUGCAGAAUGAUAAUGAGAGCUUUACAACUAAAUCCCGUGACACAGAAAACAUGACACCACCGAAAGUAUCCACCUGAGUUGCAAACCUGUAUCAUAUUUAUAUAUACAACCUACUGAUUAACGGGUUUUAUUAACUUUUACAAGUAGUACACUUAUUAUUACAUCAGUAGGUGGUGUGUAUUCUAGCGCUUUCUAAAUUUAUUAGUUUAUACAUACUAGUGUAUAUGUUAGUGAUGUGUAUUGUAUUGUAUAAAUGAAAAGAAAAAAAACAGAGAGAAUUUUCUAUAUUUAGGCUUUAAUUAUCAAGUAGGUUUUGUUCAGAAAUGUAUAUGGGUAUUUAUAUACAGACUUUAUUUAUCUUGACAUGUUCUUCGUUAUUUGGUCCACCAGGGUGCUUGGUACCUGUGUGGUUGUGCCACAGGAUUGAGCUGUAAUAUUCAGAUUGUAGCGUUAAAGCUUAUACGGUGUCUGAUUCCCCUGCUAAACGGGGUUGAGCUGUACUGUUUGGGUUGUCACGUGAAAGUCCGGAUGGUGUCUGGUUCUCCUGAAAACCAAUGUAAAAUUACCCUGGCCCACAAGGGUAUAUUAUAUAACUGUUCUUCGUUAUUAUUAUUAUUUUAUAACUUCUUGGUAUAUUGAACCAUUUAUCACGUACCAGUAUUGUUUACACUUAAAUCCAUAAUUUAUUUACAUCUUUUAUUGAUAGAUAGAUAUAUAAUUCUGUUAAUUUCUCUCAGUGUGAUUAUAAAGUACCUUCUACUUGAAAUGUUUUAAAUUGAGAUCAACUAAUAGGCAACGACGGGAGAUUGUAAUAUUGUAAGAUUUCGGACAAUCAUUGUAUAAUUUAGGUUGUCUAAUUUAGAUAAAUCACAGCUAGUAGAAAGAAUUAAAUUAAUCUAGGAUAAAGAAGAGUUUAUUUUUGAAUUGUGUUAUCGAAGUUAUAUGACUAUUGAUAUAUGGUGUUUUUGGAUACAAGGUAGUUGUCUUUAAUAUAUCUGUUAAAUUUUAUUGAUUGGAGACGAACAAGGAAGUUAAAUUAUAUGGUUGUGUCAUUUCGUUUACUUAUAUGCGUGUUAAGUCAGAUUGGACUAUGAAGCUGAGUGACACGGGGUCGAAUCCGUCAGGGACCAUCAGUUCCCACAAGAUUACAGAUACACCUUGCUGACGAGUGCCAAGUAGCACGAAACCUAGGUCCAGGGUUUCCUGUUGACUACCUCCAACCACUAUCUUAUCUCAACAUAGUGCACGCAAUGUCGAGUUACCUGGGCUAGUGGCCACAUUGCAACUUGGUUGAUAGGAUCCAAUCUACACCAAGAAGGACCUGACAUACAUGACAUUGAUCACUUCCCAAUGAUCAGUCGAUUGUAAAGAUUGGAUUCUAAUUAUAAAUUUGAACAGUGAUUUACUUAGAGUUCUUGUGACCGAGUUUGUCGUUGCUAGUUGCAUUGAUUUACAUUGUUCAAUCGGACCAUUGUAAUCUACUGAGUUGUGAAAAGCGGUUACGUAUUCUUCAUUAAUAUAAUCGGUUUUUAGUAAUAAUUCAAUUAUAAUAUUAAAUCUCAAGCGUUAUCUACUUCGAUUUAGACAAACGGAUAAUGGUAUAGAAAGUCCCCCACACGAAAUGUGUAACCCAAAGUUGAGUAAAUAUGAUUGCAGUUUGUAAAUUAAUUACAUCGAUAUUUAUUUACUACUUAUUUAAACAUGUAAACAUUGGUCCAAGGAGGCACAAAAUAUAUCCUCGCAACACAAACCAUUUGAUUCGUGUGAGGGCUGGAAUUCUGUUCAGGCGCUCAAACUUAAGCACGUGGUUUUCCCAGGAAGCCGCUCCUCGAGCCCUUGACGUAGAGGUCUAAUCCACAAGGCAGUGGAGGAACGUCGGGGGAUGCAGUCUUAUAGUAGCCGGUAGAUUCAUACGCCUUCUGUUUCCUCAGGAUCUUGGAGCCGAUGUGUACCAUUGGUUUGGAAUCACGGUCUUCCAAUUCCCUUAGGUGGAUCCCCUGUAUUCACCAAACCGUUGAAAGCACCGGACAUUUGCUUUCCAUUCUCUGAAUUUCGUAAACAACACUUCACUGCGAGUAGGCAGUGAGUAGGACUUCCCUUGCAGUGGCUGCAUACACGUGGCCACUUGAAUGAGAGUAUUUUGAAAGGGGGAGCAAAAUCUCGCCACCGUCAACCAGGGGAUUUGGGGGUCACUGAUAUUUAGCAGUAUAUUUUUUAGAUUGUUAGUUGAUUAAAAGAGUGACAAUGAAUCUGAUACAAUGAACCAAUCAAAAGCCUUCCAACGAUAAGUGCAUGUUAUUGGCCAAGAAAUGAUUUCAUUUUCUAAGGUAUAUAUAUAUAAUUCUCUUUAGCUCAAUAAACUUGCGUAUAAGAACUCUUGAACAUCAUUAUCAAACUCGGAUACCACGCGUCGUAAAUGACGUAAAAUCGAACAUACAUGUACAUCGUUCCAAUUUUUCACACCACAUCAGCAAGUUUGAAUGUAAACAAUAUGAUUUUAAUGCAGUGAACUCUUGGAAUAAAAAGGACGUAGUAUUAUUUUAAAACCAAGAAUCUAGUGAAGACGAAAAGCCAGUAUAUCUUCGCCAAUACUACCGAUUAUAAGUUAAUGUCAUCUAAUAUUUUCAACGAUUGGUUACAAUACUCUCACAAACUCCAACUAGGUGGUGUGCGUAUGUCAACUUAUCUCAAUCAAUAAUUUCACUGGCUGAUGCUUUUAUCUUUCUUUGAUCACCCCUAAGUUUAUUCCUAUACCGGCGAAUGUCGCGUAUCAAGGUAGACCAUGGUUGGGCAUGGGUAAAACAUGUUUUAACCACUUCAGUCAACAUAUACAUAAUGACAUCUUUUUUAAGAAGUGAACGUAGAAAACUUUUUAAGCCAUAUUUCAUUCUCCUUUAUUACUUCCCUUUUUUUCUUUGCCCUUAGCGUGGUUGUAUGCCAUAUGCUGUAACAAAUGAUAUAGGUUUACAAGAAUGUCUUUCACCCGAUAUUGACUAUCCAAAUAUUAUAUCCAAUGGACAUGUAACCACUGAUGAAGAAGAUGACGAUGACAAAGACAAUCAUAAUAAUGAUAUGAAUGACAUAGACAGAAAAGAAGAAGUAUCUAAAAUAAAAUCAAGUUCACUUCAAUUACAAUUAUUACAAUCACAUCCACAAAUGAAUAUAAAUGAUACAUUGGAUUCAUCUAUGAUAACUAAACAACUUAAUCUAAUGGAAUUAUCUUUAAUUGAAAAUCACAUGGAAAUAUCCACUGCUGAAAUAGCAUCACCUGAAAUUUAUAUUAGUACUGUAUAAUUAUAGGCAAUAAUAAAUGAAAAGAAAACAAAUUCUAAUUCCUUUUAGCUUCUUUCUUUCUCUCUUAUCCAGAUUGUUUGUAUUAUUGCCUUAAACAAUGUCAACUUGUUCUAUUCCCACCACAUCAACAAGUUUGAAUGUAAACAAUUUGAUUUUAAUGCAGUGAAUUUGUGGAAUAAAAAGGACAUAGUAUUAUUUUAAAACCAAGAAUCUGGUGAAGACGAAAAGCCAGUAUAUCUUCUUUAAUACUACCGAUUAUAAGUUAAUGUCAUCCAAUAUUUUCAACCAUUGGUUACAAUACUCUCACAGACUCCAACCAGGCAAUAAUAAAUGAAAAGAAAACAAAUUCUAAUUCCUUUUAGCUUCUUUCUUUCUCUCUUAUCCAGAUUGUUUGUAUUAUUGCCUUAAACAAUGUCAACUUGUUCUCUAUUCUAUUAUUUUUUUCUUAUAAAAAAAAUGGCACUACUCAUGACUGAACCAUUGACAAAUUUGUAUUGGAACUGCAUAUUCAAAGAACAUCCUCACAUUAUGAUUAUUAUUAUUAUUGAAUAGUCAUAUUGUGAAUGAUCAUUUAGGAAUUUUAGUGUAAACAGUUAUACUUAUUUUUAAACUGCUAGGUUUCUUCUCUUUUUUCUUACGUAAAUGUAUAGUCUGGUUUAAAGCUUUAAAACUUGUUGUAUCUACUAUGAAUGAGAACAUAUACAAUUGGCAUAAAAUUCAAUGAAUCUAAUAUAAUGUUUACUAAUACGAUUAUAUUUAUAGCUUAUACGAAGAGAAUACAUCGAUGCAUUGCUCCUCUUUUCUUCUUUCAUUCUUCCUAAAUCUUUUCUCAAUUUGUCACAUACUUUCUUCACAUGUCCUACAUAUUUUGUUGUUGUUGUUGUUGUUCAUUUUGAUUUAAAACCAUAUUUUAAUUUGACAUUUUGAUGUGAUAAUUUAUUCUCAUGUAUGAUGAAGUAUACAAUUGCCAAGUUUUCACUUUUAUUUAAAGAAGUAAGUGUUCGUUCUAUUGUUAAUUGAUAUAGUUUACUUCGAUUUUCAUAUAUCCUUAAUUAAAAGCACGUUCUAUGUUUCUUAUGACUGAAGCCAAUUGAAGUUGAAUAGAGUUCCUAGUUUCUAAAUAUAUCUAUUCCUGUUUGUUAGUCGAUGAAUCUAGGUGGUGUCCCAUCAACUAACGUUAAGUUUAACAUCUACUAAGUACCUGUAAAUUUUUGAAAAUAGUAUUUAUAAUUGCUGAUAUUUGAUGAGAGAAGCCUUUUCAUUAUAUACACAGGUAAAAAUAUCUAGAUUGCAGAAGCAUGGUAACCCGUCUUGUAAUAUUAUGGGGAAUAUUAAGGGAGAGCAAGUUUUACUGAUUAUAAAUCUUACACAUGGGGAUUUAGUCUUAAUAGAGAAUAAAAAAUUUUUUCACCACUCCUUAUCUCCGAUGGACAAAACCAUCAUUUAGCCUGAUAAGUAGGUCACUUUUUAUGUCAUCAAAUAACUAAGGGUAUAGUACAUGCAUGGUGAAGAGUAAGACACAUUUGUGGUGGGCGACUUCGAAAGUCUGAGAAAUAAAAUCAUCAAAGAGGUUCAUGCUUUUCUAUUUCAGUUUCACCCCAGAAUAAUACAUUUAACCAGAUGCCUUAAAAGAAACAAAGUUCCAAUGGUGAUGGUUAACCUCCGCCAAGUUAAGCAAUAGCAUAUAAUCACAUUAUACACUCAUAGUCCGAUCUACAUGUUUCAUUUGUCUUUAUUUGGAUGUCAAGCUACCCUCAAAAGACAUUAGUCGAUAUUGUUGUUGCUUUCUUUUUAGUACGAGUUCCAGUCUUAGUAUAAAGUUAUUCCAUGAUAAUUUUGGUCCAAAUACUCUUACGAGUACUUUUGAUGUUCAAUCCAAACUGGGUGGCUCUUUAACGAUUUCUUACGCUGAUGUGUAAAAAUCUGUUAAGCUACCCGAGGUCAUUAGUGACAUAAUACAUCACAGCUAUAUUUUAAUGACCCGUUCGUAUUGUACCAGUCAAAUUAACAUAACUUCUAUCGUAAUCGGGUACAGUCAGCUACGACAUAGGACCAGGCACAUAUGUGCAUCAGUCCAAGUUGC